AUGGAGUGGAGCAGCAGCACUUCUGUUGGUUUAGUGUUCAUCCUGGCUUUUCUAUUCAUUUUGAAAAUAGGAGGUUUCUGGAACAACAACCGGAGAAAAAUUUUUCCUCCAGGACCAAGGGCAUUACCUAUCAUAGGAAAUCUUCAUUUGUUCGAUUUGAAGAGACCCUACCGUACUUAUCUACAGCUGUCAAAAGAAUAUGGUCCAGUCUUCAGUGUUCAGAUGGGGCAGAGGAAAGUAGUAGUGAUUUCCGGGUAUGAGACAGUGAAGGAAGCUCUCGUAAAUCAGGCAGAUGCAUUUGCAGAGAGACCUAAAAUCCCACUCUUUGAAGAUCUGACCAAAGGAAAUGGGGUUAUUUUUGCUCAUGGUGAAAACUGGAAGGUGAUGCGAAGAUUUACUCUUACAACCUUAAGAGACUUUGGAAUGGGAAAAAGGGCCAUUGAGGACCGCAUAGUGGAGGAGUAUGGGUACCUGGCACGCAACAUUGCAUCACAAGAAGGAAAGCCCUUCGAUGCCAGUAAAAUGAUUAAUGCAGCAGUUGCUAACAUAAUUGUGUCAAUAUUGCUUGGAAAACGAUUUGACUACAAAGACUCCAGAUUUGUGAGACUUCUACAUUUGACCAAUGAGAACAUGAGGCUUGCUGGGAAACCUUUAGUUACGAUGUACAACAUCUUCCCAUACCUUGGAUUUCUCCUAAGGGCUAACAAGGCUAUUCUCCGAAACAGAGAUGAAUUCUGUGCUUACAUACAAGUUACUUUUGUAGAACAUCUCAAAAACCUGGACAAAAGUGACCAAAGAAGUUUUAUUGAUGCUUUCCUGGUUAAACAGCAGGAGGAGAAAUCCACUAUCAAUGGAUAUUUCCAUAAUGACAACUUGCUAAGCUUGGUGAGCAAUUUGUUUAUUGCUGGUGUUGAGACAAUUUCCACCACACUGUACUGGGGCUUUCUGCUGAUGCUAAAGUACCCUGAAGUUCAGAGAAAGGUCCAAGAAGAGAUAGAGCAAGUGAUAGGGUCAAACCCCCCACGAAUUGAGCAUCGAACUCAGAUGCCAUAUACAGAUGCUGUCAUCCAUGAAAUUCAGAGGUUUGCUAAUAUCCUGCCAUUGGAUUUGCCUCAUGAGACCACUGCAGAUGUCACCCUCAAAGGCUAUUUCAUUCCCAAGGGAACAUACAUCAUCCCCUUACUGGCCUCAGUCCUGCAAGACAAAUCACAGUGGAAGAAACCAGACAUGUUCUAUCCUGAGCACUUUCUUGAUGCCAAUGGAAAAUUUGUGAAGAAAGAUGCUUUCAUGCCUUUUUCAGCAGGACGGAGGAUCUGUGCUGGAGAGACUCUUGCCAAAAUGGAACUCUUCCUCUUCUUCACCAGUCUCCUGCAGAGGUUCAACUUCUGCCCUCCACCUGGAGUUUCCACCUCGGAGCUGGACCUCAGCCCUGCUAUUUCAUUUAAUGUCAUCCCCAAACCCUACAAAAUGUGUGCUGUAACACGUUCCUAG